GUGCAGCCACCUGUAACCGGCGUCACUCCGUGUACCGUUACCAGCUGUUCUCUCCGCUCGGUGGUAGUAGUAGUAGUGGUGCUGGUGGUGGUGCUGAUCGUGUCGUUGCUUGUUGUGUUUUUGUGGGAAAACUCUCGGUGUGCCGCCUGUAUCCGUGGCGUGUUUCCGUUGCGUGUUUCGAGAGACCAACGACCGGCAACGUGUCUGCUCCAUCAACCGUGCACUCACCACCCCCUCCCCCCCCCCGGGGGUGCCCAGGAGAGCCACAAGACGCUGCUGCCGCUGCUGCCGUGCCAACGUUCAACCGACGUCCGACAUCUUGGGCAACCGAGCAACCGGGCAACCGAAAUCCCAAUCACGCCAGAUCGCCAGACCCCUCGAGAGCCCCAUAAACGGCAACUACACCCCUCUCCCUAGACCAAGUCAGCAGUCGAGUCAGCGAAAGGAUAGAAGGAGACGAAAGGAAGGACCCUAAACGUUAAAAUAAUAAACGAUCAGGAUGGGCAACUCGGGCAGCAUGAACGGCCUGUCGGCGUACGACGAUGGCUACCACCACCACCAUCAUCAUCCUCACCACAACCACCACCACCACAAUCCGCACCAUCAUCAGCAGACGGGGUAUCAUCAGCACCACCAGCGGUAUCACGAUGCGAUGCGCGGUGAUGGUGGUGGUGGUGGUGGCGCCACCAGCUGGCUGGACUCCUAUCAGCAACAGCGACAGGAUCAGCAUCAGCAUGAUCUGCACUGGAACAACAACAGCAGCAACAACAACAACAACGGGAGCAACCACCAGCAGCAGCUGCAGCAACAGAUCAAGGUGCUGCCGGACAUACCGGGUAAGGUGGCGAAGCUACGGUCGACCAACAAUGGCAACAUACUGCACGCCGGUGGCACGAUCAGCAAAAACAAUCAGCUGCAGCGCUCGAAGAGCAUCUCGUCGCCCAGCUACCAGCACCAUCAGGCGCUCCACGAGGAGGUGGAGGAGGAGGGAGCACUGGGCGGGAAGGGUGGCGGCCUCGGGGGUGAGCUGAUGUGCUCGCUGCCACCACCGCGUAUGCUGAUCACGCGCUCCCGUACCCAGGUCAGCAUGCUGGGGGGAGGGGCGCCGGUGUACGGCGAUCAGGGGGAGGACACGGUACCCCUUGGGCUACGCCGCCCCCCGGCCCAGUUUGGGCCGCGCUCGGGCCCAAACAACAACAACAACCGCCAGCCAGCCUCCUAUCAAUCCGGUGCCGGUGUCGGGGGUGGUCAGCGGAAGCGCUUCGGCUCGGAGCCGGAUCUGCGAGCGCCACACGAGCAGCUGCCGAGCGCCAAGGAGCAGCACGGCGCUGGUGGUGGUCUGCUGCGGACACCCAAGACGGCCCAAUCGAAGAUCAUGAAGGGGAAAAACAAGAAGAAAGCACCGGGACCACCGAUCAGCUCGCCCGAGAAACAGGGCGAGGAACAGCGGGGUGGGCGCAUCAUCGCCUACUCGCCGCUCCGCAAAACCAACUCCGACACUUCGUCCACCCUACCGUCGACCUCGACCGAGCAGAGUGGUGGUGGUGGCGGAGGUGGUGGGCGCAAGUUGCGCCUCUUCAAGACGCGCGCCGAAACCCGCAAGCAACCGGCCAUCGCCAAGCUACCGGAGGCAUCGGAUGCCAAGUUUGCCAAGACCAAGGUUGGGGCCGGGGCGCUCUCGCCGCCAGUGGCCACCGCCACCGCCACCGCCGCCACCAACGCGAGUAUCAAACCAUCGUCCGGUGUUGUUGUUGGACGGGGAGUUGGAGCACGCAGCACUCCGGCAACGGCCAUCGGUGGUGAUCGGGUGGUGCUGGAGCAGCUACCGGCCCACCCACAGCUCAGGUCGUUCUUCCGGCGUGAGAAAACGUUCGACGUGGGGCUGCUGUCGCUGGAGGGGCGCAAAGCGCCCACCAAACCGACCCUCUCACCCCCGCUGUCACGCCGCAAAUCGAUCGUCAAGAGCCUGCUGGAGGCGGAACCGCAACACCAGCAACAGCAACAGCUGGACAUCCAGCAUAUCAGACGUAGCGCUACAGCAGCAGCGGUGACAGGCUCGACCGCCAGGAAGGACACCGGACAGCAGCAGCAGCAGGCGAGACGAAAACCGUCCCAGAUGCACCAACCGACACACCAGCAUCCGGGCAAGGGUGCACCGAACACGCUGGUCAUACCGGUCGAACCGGCCGAGCAGGCGGCGGUGCAGUUGGUGGCGGUUCCGGAAGAAGAGGAAGGUCAGGACGAGGAACAGGAGAAGCAGCACCGACGGGAGGAGCAACCGAACGACGGGGACCGGUUGACGGUGCGGACCGGUUCGCUGGACGAGAUCGACCGGACGCAGAUGGACAUUAUCGAUCGGUUUGCGGCGAGCCUGUUGCACGAUAGCCGCCGGUUCCACCACUCGACCGAUUCGGUUGCCUCGUCCGAGGCGGACGUCCUGCGCGGUAUCGGUGGGCUGGCGACGUCCGAUGGGCAGGAGAUAGCGCUCCGGUUGCGCCCGACGUUGCCGCGCAAACAGUUCGACAUACCGCGCUUCAGUCCGGCCGCCGCCUGGCGGCUGCUGACGACCGAGGACGAGUUCGGAAAGCAUGGGGCGUACCUGGCACGCGGCACCGAACUGGACGGUGGUUCGUCGAGCGAGGAUCGGAUCGAGCGGGUGUACCGGGAACCGGGGUUGCCCGGGCUGCAGGACAACAAGAGCGGCGACAGUGGCAUCUCCGGGGAUGCCGGCGAGGGUCCGCUGCCGGAGCUGACCGGCUCGGUGCGGCACCGGAACCGGUACCGGGGGCCGGGAAAGGGUGCGCACCGGCGACCGUCGCCCGACAGCGCAGCAGAGGAGAAAACUGACGCGGGUGGUACGGGGGGCGAUAAUACGGGACCCCGGACCGCCGCCACCACCCAUCACGGGUGGUCCUCGAGUGCACUGACGCCCUGGACACCGCAGCAGGAUCUGGACGAUGAUGAUGAUGAUGAGGAUGACACGACCACGGGCGACAGCAGCAAUCAUCAGCACCAGCACCACCACCACAACCAUUACCAUCACAACGACUUCGCCACCAAGGGUCACCUGUUCAGUUUGUCGCUACCACGGGAAAACCAUCUCUCCAUCUACACCGGUGGCUCGGCGGACGAUAAGGUCGAGAAACACGUGUUCAACAGCCUGCAGAAGCUGCGCAAAACCGUUUCGGACGCGUUCCGGAGUGAGGACACCACCGGUGGUGGUGGACAGGUGGUGGUCGGCAGCCAGAACGGCAACGACAACUGGUUCCUGGGCCGGCUGGACACAAAGACACGGACGGCCGGGAUAACAGCGUCAGCGGCUGCGGCGGGAUCUUCGGCGGCCAUCGGUGGUAGUAGCUACGACAAACGACCGUACGGGCACGGGGAUCACCAUUCUGGUACGGCUGCUGGUGCGCCCGAUUGCGAUCCGGUACGGGGUGACACCGGGGACACCGGUAAUGGUCUCCGGAGCCCCAAGAUCACCAGCAGCUCGAUCGGUUACCUCGUGAGCGGACGGCACAUGAUGUACCUGCCGAAGGAACCGACCCGAUUGACGACAACGACGACGGCACCCCGUACGAUCGGCAACCGGAAUGGUAAUGGACAGCAACAGAAGCAGCAAUCGGCCGGCGGUCCCAAGAUGUCGACCGCACGUUUGCGAGGACAGGCGAGCGAGCGGCAGCAGGUGGGCGGAGUAGCAUCCGGGGGUCCCGUCACGCCCCAUACCUUACCGCCACCGCCGUCGUCGCACCGAACCGACAACAAGGAGAACCUACAGGACACGGUACCGUUGGCAGUAGUAGCUGGUACGAGUGGCAGCGGCACUGGAAGCAGGGCCAGCGGGGACCACCCCGAGGGAGGGCACGGCGGAACCACCACCGGUAGCUUCCCGGUGAAGCUUUCGAACCGGCGGCACCACCGGUUCACCUUCCAGAGUACGAUCCGGCAGAUCGAGAAGCGGCGCGUCGCGGAGAAGCUGUCGCGCGAGGCCGAAAUCAAGGAGGCGAUGCGGCUGAGCGAACUCGAGGCGAUGCGCCGCGUCGAGGAGGAGUUCCAGCGGAAGCGGGCCCGCGAGAAGGCCUCGAUACGCCACCAGCUGCGCCUGUUCUCGAUGGAGGACGGCCAGACGGUGGACACCGACAUGGCCGCUGACGACCUCGACAUGAUCAACGACAACAGCCACAACAACGGCAACGAUGGCCACCAUUCGGGGCGCGAAGAAUCGCGACCGUACGAUGGCAAGCGGUCCGAUCCCGAUGGUGACAGUCUGCCGCAUCAGAACGUCCGGACGCCGGGCCGUGGCCUCUACCGGAAGCGAGACUCCUGCAGCACCAUCGAACGGCAGCAACAGCAGCAGUACAAACGCUCCAUCACCCAGGACCCUUACCCCUCCAGGCAGCCGUACACCAACGCCAGCGAUCCAACGGAACACGCGAAUGGCGACAACGACGACGACGACAACGUGGACGCCGAUGGUGACAUGCCGCCGGGCAACAAUGGCGCCCGGGCCGGAUCACGGGAUCGCGACAACGAUGGUGACAGCGGUAGUAGCCUGGGGUACGUCGACACCCGGACGCCCUACAUUUCGCGCAUCAUCCAGGCCAAGAGCAGCAAGAGCGGGUACGCGAUGCACCACAAGCUACGAGCGGACUAGAUGCUCGCUACUUCGGCCGCUCCGCCCGUGCGAACUCGGCUUGCCAUCUAGUCACCACCAUUGGGGGGGGAGAUUUCCAGG